CAAUUGUUGAGGCGAAGAGACAUUCUUUUCCCAGACAUCUGCCUCGCUCACACCUACCAAUCUCCUCGGAAAUGGCUGCCAUCAGACCUGCCAGCCGUCGGCUCAUCACGUCGGCGUUUCUCGAGACUCGCUCGACCAUCAUUCCGCAAAAAAGACGAUUCGCCACCACAAUCGACAACCCUCCUCCGCCGACCAGCACAUCCUCUCAACCUCGACCAGCUACCUCCUUCACAGACCGCUUGAAUGCAGGUCCCUCCUUCACAGACUUUGUCUCUCAGAAACAGGAAGAUGCGCUGCAGGAAGAGGACGCCUUCGAACUACGGACGGUGCAGGUCGGACCAGAAGGACGAAAGAGAACACACACCCGCCUCCCGGAAUGGCUAAAGACACCCAUCCCGACCAACGACAACUACAAACGCAUCAAAAAUGACCUCCGCGGCCUGAAUCUGCACACCGUGUGUGAAGAGGCGCGAUGUCCCAACAUCUCCGACUGCUGGGGUGGAAGCGACAAGUCUGCCGCCACGGCCACCAUCAUGCUCAUGGGCGACACCUGCACACGCGGAUGCCGCUUCUGCAGCGUCAAGACUGCGAAUAAACCCCCGCCUCUCGACAUCCACGAACCAGAGAACACGGCCGAGGCGCUAUCGAGGUGGGGAUUAGGGUAUGUGGUGCUCACGAGCGUUGAUCGAGACGACAUCGCGGACGGAGGCGCACGCCACUUCGCCGAGACGAUCAUGAAGAUUAAGCAGAAAGCACCGACUAUGCUUGUGGAAGCUUUGACGGGUGAUUUCGCCGGGGAUCUGGACUGCGUGAGCUUAGUCGCCAAGAGCGGCCUCGACGUGUACGCGCACAAUGUCGAGACGACGGAAGAGCUCUCACCAUCCGUGCGCGAUCGCCGAGCGAACUUCAAACAGUCGCUCGCCGUGCUGCGAGCAGCAAAGGCAGCGAACCCCAGCCUCAUCACCAAGACUUCGAUCAUGCUGGGCUUCGGCGAAACGGAAGAGCAGCUAUGGCGUACGCUGCGCGAGUUGCGCGCCGCAGACGUGGACGUCGUGACGUUUGGCCAAUACAUGCGGCCCACGAAGCGGCACAUGAAGGUGGAGGAGUAUGUCAAGCCGGCGACGUUUGAGCUGUGGAGACAGCGGGCGCUGGAUCUGGGGUUCUUGUAUUGUGCCAGCGGGCCGUUGGUGCGGAGUAGUUACAAGGCUGGGGAGGCGUUUAUCGAGAACGUGCUGAAGAAGAGGGCGCGCAAGAAUUCGCUGCUCUCUGCGGAAGCGCUUGGGGAGGACUUUUCGCGAUUGAAGAGUGCGUAGGGGAAGAUUGUGAUGCACAUAGACAUUUAAUACAAGCAGACCCGCCCCAUUACGUUCGGGUCAUU